AAAACUGGUAAAUCAGGUCAAGUAGGUUACAUACGUUUGUUGUUUACAGUGGCUGAAAUGAGAUCUACAGGAAGAAUAAAAUACACGACAUCUUUAUUUUAAAGCACAAGAAAUUUUUCAUGAAGACAAUGCUCUUUCUUUUGUAUCUGUUGUCAUGUUUAACAUUCACUGAUGCAGGUUUUCACUCACUUCUGGUAUUAGCAACAUAUGUGGAUGGACAGACACCAUUUCCAGAGUUAAGUGUUGUAGUCAUGUUAGAUGAUGUGCAAAUAAUUUAUUAUGACUCAGAUACAUGGAGGGUUUUCCAUCGCAGCCCAAGUGAUUCAAAAUACUAUGAUGAAGACCAAAGUGAUGCUGAUGCUGUAUUCCAUGAUACGUAUGAUGAAAUGAAAUACAGAGUCUUGCAUCUAAAAAAUCAGCUAAAUCACACUGAUGGUAUAACUGUCCUUCAAAGAAUUGUUGGAUGUGAAUUGUUCAAUGAUAAACCUGGAAUCUAUCAUUUAUGGGAUGCUCAUGAUGGAAAAACUAUAGAGAAGUUCACCUUUAACAUAUACAAUCAUGAAUUCCAGCUGAAAAACCAAUGGUUUAGAACAUGGGACCAAGUUAUGAUACAACAGAAAAGGAUUGUACAUGAAAAUAUUUAUUAUCCUGUUUGCAUUAAAGUUUUAAGAAGGUACCUGAAUGUGGAAAAAAACAGUGUGAUGAGAAAAGUGAAACCCAGAGUCAGACUCAUGAAGAAGAAACUUCCAGAUUCUCAAGGGCUUCAGAUCAGCUGUCUGGCCACUGGUUUUUACCCGCGUCACAUUAACCUGACCCUGUUCAGAGAUGCUGAGCCUGUAGAUGAUGAUCAGAUCAUAGGAGGAGAGAUUUUGCCCAAUGGAGACGGGAUGUACCAGAUGAGGAAGAGUUUGAUUGUUAGUAAAGAAGAACUGGAUGAAGGACAUGAAUACACCUGCACAAUGAAACACCUCAAUCUGGACAACAAACUGGACAUUGUGUUUGAUGUGUCUGGAACUGUCCCAGGAUGCUUCAGUGUGUCUGUGGUGAUCAGUGUGCUGGUGUUCAUGUGUGUGUCUGUCUUCAUCAUAACUAAACUCAUUAUGAGGAGGAAGAGACAAGAUACUGGACGAGGCUCUGAAAAGUGUGAUUACUCCCCGACUAUAUGUAGGUAUUAUGAUGUAAAAUUCACCAUCAUAUCUGUUCUCUAAGGUUAAGUUUGGACAAGACAGCCUAAAAAUAAUAAUUUCCUUUAUUUCAGCUUCUUCGCAAGAUGAAAUAUGAAUAUUGAGACUGCAUAUUAAACUCAUGAGAAUGGGAAGAUGCCUGUUGACAAAUAAAAAUAGCUAUAAACCCA